AAAAUGUACUGUAUAUUAAAGGCUAUGGAGAGAAUAUUAAUUGCAUUGUUAUGGUACAAAUUUCCAUUAGUUUGUAUGGACAGUAAUGAUAUAUUUCGGCAAGACAUUGGAGAUAAAAUGGAAAUUGGUCUGUCCGAUAAAGGCUACAAGACAGUAGAAUUAAAUUGUGGAUCGGAAUCGAUGGUGGUUAAUUUGGAAACCGAUGAUGAAUUUUUAGGCGUUGUUUACACUAGGGGAAGCUUUUAUGAUAAAAAGCCACCUUGUUUUUCUGAAACGGGCGAUAAAAGAUGGCAGACAUCCUUUAAGAUGAAGAUACCAUUUGAUAGUUGUAAUACCAAACAGGAAAACAACAUUUACUCCAACGUCCUGAUAUUACAGCACGACAAAGAACUGAUAUUGCCUGGAGAUGCCGCAUUCAAUCUAGAAUGCGAUUUUAGUAAACCAAGGGAUGUUAUCGUAACUGCAGAUUUGCAAAGGUACAAAAAUAAUUAUUGCAUCCAUUAGGACAUAAUUACAUUCUCAAUUGUAGCACGAACA